AUGGAUGGAGACGAUAAGACCUUUGCCAGUGACUUCACCCUCACAGGGCUCUUUAAUCACAAUAAAGCCUCAGGCUUCCUAUUCAGCAUCAUUUGUGGCAUCAUCUUUAUGACCAUGGUAGCUAAUGGGGUCACGAUCUUUCUAUUCCACAUAGACAUUCACCUCCACAUUCCCAUGUAUUUCCUGCUCAGCCACUUCUCCUUCAUCGACAUGAUGUACGUUUCCACCAUUGUGCCCAAGAUGCUGCUCGAUUAUCUCACGUGCAAGAAGACCAUCUCCUUUAUCUCCUGUACAGCCCAGUACUUUCUCUACGUGGGCUUUGUUGGAGUUGAUUUCUUCCUGCUGGGACUGAUGGCCUAUGACUGCUACAGGGUGAUCUGCAACCCUCUCCACUAUCCUGUCCUCAUGAGUCAUCGGGUCUUUUGGAUGAUCUUGGCCAGCUCUUGGUUCGGCGGUGCUUUGGACAGCUUCCUCCUUACCCCUAUAACCAUGAGUCUCCCUUUCUGUGCCUCCCACAAGAGAAACCACUUCUUCUGUGAGGCUCCCACCAUGCUGAGGCUAACCUGUGGUGACAAAGCCACCUAUGAAAUCGUGAUGUUCACUUUCUGUGUCAUAAUGCUGUUAAUCCCUUUCUCUGUGGUGAUUGCUUCCUAUUCCCAGACUCUCAUCAUGGUGCAACAGAUGACAUCAGCAAAAGGGAAGAAGAAGGCCUUUACCACCUGCUCAUUAUACAUAAUGGUGGUGAUGUUGUUUUACAGGGCUGCCCUUUACACAUAUAUGCUUCUCCAAUCCUACCACACACCAACCAAAGACAAGGUCUUCUCUGCCUUUUACACCAUCUUCACUGCCUUAUUAAACCCUCUCAUCUACAGUCUGAGAAACACAGAUGUAACAGAGGCCUUGAAGAGGGUUUUGGCAAGAUAUCAAGGGACACGUGAUGUGACAAUGGAAGAAUUCUGA